GCAUGUAAGCAUGCUGCUUCGGACAUCCCACCUACCGUCUGAGGUACAAUGCCUUCCAUGAUGGCGGUACGGAAGAAAGACGGCGGACCAAACGUGAAAUUUUACGACUCGCCCGACACCGUAGCACAGUUCGAGCAAGUGCGGAGCUGGCUCUCUAAGAACUGCAAGAAGCACACACAGGCGGAGCCACUGACCAACAAAGGGCUGGCCAGUCUGACAGUGCAACUCUUACAGUACCAGGAGGACAGCUUCGGCAAACAUGUCAGCAAACCACCUCUCACCAAACUCCCUGUUAAACUGUUCAUGGACUUUAAGCCAGGCGGCGGCCUCUGCCACAUCCUGGCUGCAGUCUUCAAGUUCAAGAGUGACCAGGGAUGGCGAAGGUUUGAUUUUCAGAAUCCAUCUCGUAUGGACAGAAAUGUCGAGAUGUUCAUGAACAUCGAGAGAAGCCUGGUACAGGUGGGUGGCCUGAAUGACUGUCUGACCCGACCCAACAUCUACAUGAUGCCAGAGGUAGAACCCAAACUGCAGGGCAAACUCAAGGACAUCAUAAAGAGACAUCAGGGCACUGUGACAGAUGACAAGACCGCUGCCACCCAUAUCGUGUUCCCACCUGUCCCACCUUAUUCUGAACCUCAUAUACGAGACACAGAGGACUGGAUCCGUCCCAUCAUGAUCCUGAACAACCGGACCCUGGUGCACUGGUGGCACUACCCUGACAGUUACGACACCUGGACCCCCAGCAGUGAAGUGAACCAGGAGCCCGACCUCCCCCCUCCCCACCAGGGGUCAUGGAAGGUGAAUGCCCGCUGGCUUACAGACCUGGAGGAGUUUAACGAAUGGAUGAACGAGGAAGACUAUGAGAUCGAUGAAUCAGAGCCAAACACCAUCCCGAGACGAAAUGGUAUCCGGAUGAAGUCUGCAGCAGAGGAGAUGUCCCACUCUGAGGAGCCUGAGAGAAGGGAGAGGGGCAAACCUGGGCCCAAGAAGCGCAAGAGGUCCCCCUCCCCAGACCCUACCAAGAAGAAGAAAAAGGGUAGGACCCCAGGACCAACCCCUGACCGUAAGAAGCGGUCAUCUAAAGAGGAUCCUGACCAGGAGGACUCCACCAAGGACAUGGAUAACCCCUCGCCUGUCCCAAAUGUGGAGGAGGUCAACCUCCCCAAAAAUGUGGUGAACACUAAAAAGGACAGUGAGCAGCAGCCUAUUAAAGGAGGUACCCUGGCAGACCUGGAUGAGAAGGAGGAUGAGGAGGGAAAGAGUGAGGAGGAUAAGACUAAGAAGGAAGGGGAGGGACCUAAAGACGACUCACAGGAAGACAACGUGACAGAGCAGACCCAUCACAUCAUCAUCCCCUCCUACUCCGCAUGGUUUGACUAUAACAGCAUCCACACCAUAGAGAAGAGGGCCCUGCCUGAGUUCUUCAACAGCAAGAACAAGUCCAAGACACCUGAAGUGUAUCUGGCGUACAGAAACUUCAUGAUUGACACCUACCGGCUGAACCCCAUGGACUACCUAACCAGCACAGCUUGCAGACGGAACCUGGCUGGAGAUGUGUGUGCCAUCAUGAGAGUGCAUGCCUUCCUGGAACAGUGGGGACUGGUGAACUACCAGGUGGACCCUGACAGUAAGCCCACGCCGAUGGGCCCCCCUCCCACCUCCCACUUCCACGUGCUGUCAGACACUCCCUCGGGACUGCAGCCUGUCCAGCCAGCCAAGUCACAACAGUUUGCCUCCCAACAGAUGAUGCAAUUCGCUGACAAGAACAACAAGGAUGCCAAGCCUGCCACCAGCGAACAACAGAACUUUGGGUUGCGUACAGACAUGUACACGUCCAAGUCAGCUGCAGCACUGAAGGCGAAAGCUGCGACAGCCACCAGACCAUGGACUGACCAGGAGACACUCCUCCUGCUGGAGGGGAUGGAGAUGUAUAAGGAUGACUGGAACAAGGUGUGUGAGCAUGUGGGCAGCAGGACCCAGGACGAGUGUAUCCUGCACUUCCUACGCCUGCCGAUAGAGGACCCCUAUCUGGAGGACUCGCAGGAGGCCGUGGGACCUCUAGCCUACCAGCCCAUCCCCUUCAGUCAGCAGGGGAACCCUGUCAUGAGUGUGGUCGCCUUCCUGGCCUCGGUGGUCGACCCCAGAGUGGCGUCUUCAGCCGCCAAGGCUGCUAUAGAGGAGUUUUCUAAGAUAAAAGACGAGGUUCCUCCAGCGCUGAUCGAGGCUCACGUCAAGAAAGUCGAGGACGCCGCGAAGUCAGGAACUCUGACCCCUGACCUCUUACUAGAGGACACGGGGAUCGCGGGAACGGGAACGGAAGAGCCCGCGGAGAAAGUAGAACCCAUGGAAACGGACGAGACCAAACCUGGCCCGUCCGGGGAGGGGGACAAGAAGGAGGAGGAAAAAACAGAAGAAUCGAAGGAGGAAGGAGAGAAGAAAGAACAGGAGGAAGAAAAGGAAGAAAAGAAAGAAGAAGAGAAGAAAGAAGAAGAGGAGAAGACAGAGAAGGAGAUAAAGAAGGAGCCAGAAGAGGCUAAGGAGGAAGAAAAGCCUCAGGAGGGGGAGAAAAUGGAGACGGACCAAACGGAGAAACCUGCUGAUGAAGAGAAGGAAGAAGGGAAGGAAGAAGCAAAAGAGGAGAAACCUGAGGAGGCAGUGGAGCUGACGGAUGAACAGAAGGAGAAACUUAAGCAGAGAGAAGACAUUCCAAAGGGCAACGUGGCGACGGCUGCAGCCGCGGCACUGUCAGCUGCUGCUGUCAAGGCAAAGCACCUAGCCGCGGUGGAGGAGAGGAAAAUCAAGAGUCUGGUGGCGCUUCUCGUGGAGACGCAGAUGAAGAAACUGGAAAUCAAGUUACGCCACUUUGAGGAGCUGGAGGCCAUUAUGGACAGGGAGAGGGAAGCAUUGGAGUAUCAGCGGCAGCAGCUGCUAGCAGACCGGCAGGCCUUCCACAUGGAACAGUUGAAGGCCGCGGAGAUGCGUGCCCGACAGCAGGCCGCCAUGCAGCUGCAGUCCCAACAGGCACCUGCUCAGGGCACCCCAGGACAGCCCCAUGGUCACAUGCCCCCCCAGCCCCAGGCCUACAGUGGACAGGUCUCCACUACACACAUAGCGCCUCCCGGCCCCAGCGCCCAGCCCACCCCCAGCACCUCCAUGGCGACCCAGAACCCAGCCAUCGUGGCCGCCAUGACAAGCGGACCAGCCGCAUCGCCCACGGGGAAAGGCACGCCCAGUCCCGUACCCGUACCAGGUACAGGUCCUCAGGGGGAUAGUGCAGCUCCCCCAACUGCCUCGGAGGUCAUCGGCACAGAAUCACCGGCUCCCACCCUACCCAUUCAGCAGUAAUGAACAGUCCCUUCUACAAUACAACUCCCAUCUUCCCCAUUCAGUACUAAUGGAUAGUCCCUUCUCAGACCUAGCUCCCACCCUCCCCUUUCAGUGCCAAUGGACAGCCCCUUCUCAAACAUAGCUCCCACUCUACCCAUUCAGUAGUAAUGAACUGUCCCUUCUCUAAUACAACUCCCACCCUACCUGUUCAUGUAAUGAACAGCCCCUUUUCAAACGUAUCUCCCACCCCACCCAUUCAGUAGUAAUGAACAGUCCCUUCUCAAACAUAGCUCCCACCCUCCCCUUUUAGUACUAAUGGACUGUCCCUUCUACAAUAUACCUCCCACCCUACCCUUUCAGUAGCAAUGAACAGUCCCAUCUAAAACAUAGCUCUCAUCCUACCCAUUCAGUACUAAUGGACAGUCCCUUCUAUAAUAUACCUCCUACCCCACCCUUUCAGUACUAAUGAACAGUCCCUUCUCAAACAUAGCACUCAUCCUACCCAUUCAGUGGAAACUUCUCCAUCAACAGAAGACCAGAGCUCUCCCAGAAAAAUUGAAAGAAAGUGUAGGGGCCCAAUUCCCAGCUUGGGUAUUACAAAGCAAUGCUUUUGAGUCCCCAGCGCUUAGACUAUGCUAGUAUACUGGUAAGAACAAUAUGUAAUGCAGUGAAUGAAUUCUGUGUCCUGUAGUCCUGGUAUUAAUUUGUCUUGCCCACUGCGUUACCCAAUACGUUUUUUCCCAGCAUUCUGUGGUUUUGUAAAAUGGUCAUUUGGUGUAACCCAAUUUCACCCAUCCAAUCUGCAAUGGUCACAGUGUACUCAAGAAUAUCUGGGUGGAUGUCCAGUUUGAAUGUGCUAUGACUGAAUAUGCUACUGUAAUUCCUGAUUUUUCAAUGUACUGUUAUGUUCACGGUUUUCACUGUGACGACUAUAACGUGAACUUAUCAUUACUGAUAACAAAUAAAUCACAGCCUUUUUUUAAUGCGCACUUGUCACGACAGUGAAUAGUAAGUUCCGAGAACAAGUUAAAUUUUCUCAGACCGUGAAAAUUUGGUACCGUGAAGACGAAGUGAAUUACAGUAUAUCUGAUACAGUCAUACCUGUACUAGUGACCUAAGGACUAAGUGAGCUAAGUCUACAAUAAGGAUCACCUGGCCAUUCAUAUACAGUCAAACCUGUACAAGUGACCAUUUCUACAUAAGGACCGCCUGGCAUUAAUAUACAGUCAAACCUGUACUUGUGACCAUUUCUACAUAAGGACCCCCUGGCAUUAAUAUACAGUAAAACCUGUACAAGUGACCAUUUCUGCAUAAGGACCGCCUGGCAUUAAUGUACAGUCAAACCUGUUCAAGUGACCACCUUUACAUAAGGACCGCCUGUCAUUAAUAUACAGUCAAACCUGUUCAAGUGACCAUUUCUACAUAAGGACCGCCUGGUAUUAAUAUACAGUCAAACCUGUACAAGUGACCAUUUCUACAUGAGGACCGCCUGGCAUUAAUAUACAGUCAAACCUGUACAAGUAACCACCUUUACAUAAGGACCGCCUGGCAUUAAUAUACAGUCCAACCUGUACAAGUGACCACCUAACCUAUGGAUGUGUUUAUGGUCCCUUCAAGAUUAUUUCUCCGUUUACCCCAAAAUUCAGAAUCCUGUCAACUGAUACCAUUUCCUUUCAGUCCCUUGGGCAGUCGCUAUGGAUAUGUUUGACUACUUUGAUGGACAACUGUAUUGGCCGUUGUGUCCAAUUAAUUUGUACCACAGAAUGCCACAGAAGUGUGCGCAUCUUGUGUUAAAGCAAUAUAUUUCUUUGCAACGCAAAAUGCUGGAAAUAACAUUUCCAAGUGAGUACAUAUCUUAAGUGGGAAGGGGCAUCCAAGUGACUGCCUUAUCAUGGACAGAGCCAUAUACAUGUUGUAUAAGAGAAAUGUGUACAAAUUGCGUUACAAUGUCUGUGGUCUCAAGCAUUGAAAAUUCUCCAGCUUCCCUACAUUUUUCCUCCCCCAUCUCAAUGGAUGUCCCCCAACAGAUUGGUUGCUGACACUUGUCAUGACUGCUCCGUUAUAAUGUGUUGUUUGUGGUAACAUAACUUCUGUACAUACCAUUCUCCGUGAACAUACUAUGAGUCAAAAUUUGACACUCUUCCCUUAUUGCAUCUGGAAGUUUACUUUGAGUUGGUAUAUAUACUUACAGUACAAGUCAGCACCAUAGAACCAAGACAUAUAUCUUGAAGAGAUUCAAGUUUUCAGCAAGCACAAGACUGUUAGAAAACAAUAUCAAUGUGUUAUGGCCUUUUAGAUUGCUAGUAAAAGAAUCUUGUGUAAAAUGUCUUGGUUGUUCGUUGUAGAUUCUGAGGUAUCAAACUAACUUACAUGCCUGUUUUAGAUGGUCAUAUACUUCCUUUAUGUAUUCCAUAUAUGUAGUUUGUGCAACGGAUUUGCCUCGGUACAAACAAGUGCAAGUGUUUGGUCUGAACUAGGUUGAAGUACAGCCACCUUCGAUGGCAAAAGGCUAUGUUAACAGAUACUGUACACCCUUAUGUCUACUUGUGGUGGUCAGUAGAAUGGAUAUAUUAAAGGUAAUGUACACCA